UCACGCCGUGCUCCGCGUUUGCCCCUUGCGCCAACUCUGUCCAAUUGCCGAGCGAACCGUUCUUAUUACUGGGCUGCCGAAAUGGCCGAAAGAUUAUGCAGAUAUCUGGAUUGCUCGCGCCAAUCAGAAGGAUAUGCUUUGCCGCCCACAGCUUCCUCCUGUAGAUGCUUACUUUCUUCACGAAAAUCAUGAGGUUGAGGGUAAUGUUUAUGCAAGGCAACCCGAUGAUGAGGAUGAGGGAGUAAAGCACGGCGAACCCACUAAGAAAAGCAGACACGACAAUCUUAACCACAGACGAUGUUUGGGAUCCCUAUCCGGCGGUACUCGAUACGGUAGCGAAAUAACGGUUGCUAGUAGUACUUCAUCUUAUGAAGCCACUGAAGUGGCAAAACGGAUCGGAGAGGUGCAGUAUAACUCGCAUCUGGAUAAGAAAGAAGAGCUUGUUCGAACCGAACUUCAUUCUGUUAGAAUCGGUCUUAUUGAUUGGCUCACAAAGCAGUUUUGCAGGUUCGGCAAGGUUGCCUAUGUCAGUAUACCAGCGUAA